GCAUUAAAAUAUUAUAAAAGCAAAACAUGGGAAAUCGUAGUUAGUGUUUAAUAAAGAAACCGAACCGGUACAAGGUGACGACAAUAUGAGAACUACGAUUAUACUUUGCUCUGUUUUUGCCCUCGGAGCAUGUGGAUUCUUGGGGUUCAAGAUAAGACAUGAUCCUUCCAAUGAUUUUAUGGACAUGGUAAAAUCCUACGGGUACACUGUGGAAUCCCACGACGUACAAACAGAAGAUGGAUAUAUUUUAACAAUGUUCCGGAUACCCCAUGGUCGACAGGAUAACAAAGGAAAAUAUUCGAAAUCCGGAAACCAAUACUCUUCUUCUUCCUCUCCUGAAGAAGAAAGUAAAGGUGUCGUCUUCUUUAUGCACGGUUUGAUGACCAACUCUGAGUCUUUCAUUUACGGUGGACCAUCCGAAAGUAUAGCCCUCUACCUUGCCGACAAGGGCUACGACGUGUUCUUUGGGAACUCCAGAGGAACCAUUUACGGCCAAAGGCACACCACUUUGGAUCCUAAGAAGGAUGCAUCUUUCUGGAGAUACUGCUUCGAUCAUAUUGGUACGAGAGACCUGCCAGCGAUGAUCAGCAAAGCCCUGUCAGUCAGCGGUCAGAGCAAACUAAGCUACAUAGGCCACAAUGAAGGUACCACCUCCUUCUACGUACUAGCUUCCGAAAUGCCCGAAAUGAAGAGUAAGAUUGAACGCCACAUAUCUCUAGGUCCUGUUGUAUUCCUGAGACAUAGUAGCAACGACGUUUUGCAUAAUAUUGAAGAGCACAUGAAACAGAGAUCUUGGGUUAUCAAGAAUCUUGGAGUAAAUACUUUUGCGCCUUCUAGCGAGCUGACCCACGAUGCUGAGUCUAACUGUAUGGAAAAAUGGAAUAACGAGAAAGUAUGCAAAAAUACGUUCUUCCUCGUCAAUGGAUAUAACUCUAAACAUUGGAACCAGACAACUAUGAAUCAGUUCAUGUCUCGAGUACCAUCAGUAGCAUCAGUCAGAGAAAUUUUGCACUUGGUGCAACUAAAGAGAACUGGCCGUUUUGAGGCGUACUCUGAGGAAUCCGAGGGCAAAGAAUACGACUUGUCCAAAGUGACUAUCCCCGUAGCUCUGUUCUACACUCCGAACGACGUCCUUAUCAGUACCACUGACGUGGACACCUUGGCCAAGGAGUUACCCAAUGUCUACUGGCAGGUGAAUAUGGAGGAGCUGGAUAACAAUUUAGAUCUGUUGUACUCAAAGGACAUGAACCAAAUGAAGGAAAAAGUAGAACAGGCUCUACAGAAGGAUAUCCAGUUUUUGAACGAGAAUAAUAAUUUAUAUUAAGUCACUUGUAUUUGUUGUAUUAAUAUUGUAGGAGUAUAAAUAAAUAGCUUUGCAACAGAC